AAAAUCUAACUAUUAGUAGAGACAAGCAAACGUCUGGCACACAGAAAUGGCGUCCGUCCAUUGUUCUGCUCGUCCAUUCCAAGCCGUUCUAGGGUUUCAGCGUCCCCUACACAGGCCUCAAUCUUCCUUCGUUACCUUCCUCAGUCCUAGCCACGGUGCUUUCCCUGCCCACUUCAAUUCCAGAUUCAACAAUGCUGUGUGUGUGCAGCUAAGGCAGAGACUACUACCUAUAUCAGCAUCAAACAGCAAUUCUUCAGGAGGAUCAGACAAAAGCAGUGAUGCAUCAGGCCCUCCAUUAGCCACCAUUUUGGCUGGUGUCUUGGUCUUUUGUGUGGUUUGUUGGAUCAUAUGUUCUGUUGUGUUGUGGCUUACAAGUCUAAUUACCAAUGUCCCGCCAUUGAAAUAAAACCAGAACAUGUGCUGUAGUUUGCCCUUUGUUCAGUAGCUAGACAAACCCAUCUUUAGGCCAGCAGCCUAAUUAUGAUGCUUUCCUUUGUGUUACCGAGCAUGACAUUAAAACGGAGUUGCUUAUUUGUCUUGCUUCUAAAAGACUACUUUGUCAACAGUAUUUCUGAUAAUGCAGAGGACAUUUGUGGAGUUGAAAAACCAUAUUAGCUCUAGCACUCUCACUUGUUAGAUCAAAUGGUGUAAUACUCUAUUUAGAGCAUACCAAGAAAUUUCAUUCGCAACCCUUUUCAUUUUCA